UGUGAUUAAUUAGCCUUUUAAUAAUUAAUAUGUAUUGAAUGUUUUGUUUCUGCGUGACGACUGAAUGUCCGACGUCUUUACCAGUCGGCAGGCUAAUCGGCUAGCUAGCAGCGGGGAGGAGCGACCUGGUGCUUAUUGUUGAUGAACGCAGAGAUCAUGGACUUUCCUGGUCACUUUGAGCAGAUCUUCCAGCAGCUGAACCAUCAGCGUAUCCACGGCCAGCUGUGUGACUGCGUCAUCGUGGUGAGCGGUCGGCAUUUCAAAGCUCACCGCGCCGUGCUGGCCGCGUGCAGCACGCACUUCCGCGCCCUGUUCAGCGUCUCGGAGGGCGACGGGAGCGUCAGCGUCAUCCGCUUGGAUUCUGAGGUGGUGACGGCCGAGGCGUUUUCCGUACUCGUGGACAUGAUGUACACGUCCACGCUGACGCUGGGCGAGAGCAACGUCAUGGACGUGCUCCUGGCCGCAUCGCAUUUGCAUUUGAACACAGUGGUGAAGGCUUGUAAGCAAUAUCUGACCGCUCGGACGUUGCCCAAAUCGCCUAGCCAACAUGUGGAGCAACUAAGCUCCGGCGCUAACUCCCGCCUCCAGCGCUCCUUCCUCCUGCAGCAGCUCGGCCUGAGCAUCGUUAGCUCCGCCCUCAACGAGGAAACGGAGGAGGACGCGGGAGGUACCAGCCAAGGUGUGGGGUCAGUUUCCGGGAGCGGACUAGUGGAGCCACGGGACGUUUACUACCCACCCCGACGUUUGCACAAGCGCAAACAAGGGAGUUCUUCGAUCCGCUCCGAGUCACGGCAGAGGUCACUCCUUCUUUCGCAAACCCACGGGAUUGUAGUGGACGGCGAAGCGGGGACUCCAGGGGAGGCGCUUCUGUCUCCCGACUCUCACAGUAAAAUGAUGGAUGAGGAUUCCAAACCGGACGUGAUGGUGAUCACGGGGGACGAGGCGGACGAGUACAAGAAGGCCGCCAUGCAGGAAGACGUGCAGCUGCCCAGCCAAUCGGACGGCGGGAGAGCGAGCAAGAUGGAUUCUUUUCUGUUGCCACACAAACUGGAGUAUUCAGGUGGCAAUGACGCGCAAGACGGAGGUGUGGACGGGGAGGCGCGGCACAUACCGGUAGUGGUGAAGAGCGAGCCGCUCAGCUCCCCCGAGCCAGCCGACGAGACCAGCGAUGUCACCUCGCAGGCUGAAGGCAGCGACCAGGUGGAGCCUGUGGGAGAGAAGCUGGAACUGAGUCCUGAGGGCAGCGAGCACAGCUUCAGUGAGCCUCAUCCCAGUUCUGACCUGCUCCUGUCAGCAAUCAAGGAGUCUGCUGGAGACGUGGAGAGAGCAGAAGAGAGCGGAGGAGGCAGAGCGAGAGAAAGAGGAGUGAGCGGUUACCUCAACACGACCGGCUUCGACCCUUCGACCACAGCAGAGUGCGCACUGGACCGCGAGCCGCCUCGCUUCCUGUUCGGCUCCGACUCUGCCUCUCUGCUCCUCCCUCCCUCGCAGAGCCUCCUCUCGGCGGAGAUGCAGGAGUUUCCCAGCCUGAGGGCCGACGCCUUCCUCAUGCGGCCUUUGCACGACGGGUUGGCGUCGUCCUCCACGGAGCAUCUAUCCAUGGAGUAUCAGAGAAACAGCUUGGGCGUCCACUUUGCAAGAGCGGGCGCCAACGGCAUCGGCUUUCCUUCUUAUCGACGCAUCGCGCCGAAGAUCGCACCAGGAAGCACGUCCAUGCAAGACGCCGCUCCCACUUCGUCGCUGCAUUUAAAUGGCACUAGUCUGGACAAUCUAGGCCAAGGAGGAGGCCACUCGGGCUUGAACCCUCGGCCCCAGCUGACCCGCGCCUCGGCAGACGUGCUGUCCAAGUGCAAGAAGGCGCUCUCCGAGCACAACGUGCUGGUGGUGGAGGGCGCGCGCAAGUACGCCUGCAAGAUCUGCUGCAAGACUUUCCUCACGCUGACCGACUGCAAGAAACACAUCCGCGUUCAUACGGGCGAGAAGCCCUACGCCUGCCUGAAGUGCGGCAAACGCUUCAGCCAGUCCAGUCACCUGUACAAGCACUCGAAAACCACCUGCAUGCGGUGGCAGAACACGGCCGUGUCGAAUGCACUGCUAUAAACAAAAGAACGACUAAAAGCAAACAUAGGAGAGCACGACCGUGGCAGAACUGGGUGUCUACGGUCGCUGGAAAAAGUAAAAGCACCUUUCUCAUUCGGACUCGGUCCUCUACCUAAUCCGUGUCUAGUGCACAUGUAGCAUACGAGCGAUUCCCAUUCGUUCACGCAGAACUCAAAUGAAGUCUAAGGGCAGUUCAAAAACGUUCCCACAAACACAUUUCAAAGCUCUUAAAUUCAAAUUCCAGCUUUGCUAUCAACCGGAUGGAUGCCUACACAGACACACGAUUGGCUGUGUGGCACCUACACGAGCGGAGCUUAGCGAUACAGCUCUUAUGUAGGAACACUGUCCGUUGAAGAGAAUUUAAUGAACUUGUUGAUCCACUUGAAGGUGUUUGCAUGGGUUGCAAAGGAUAUCAGUAUGUUGACUAUGUUUUGUUUUGGUUUACAGUAGAUCUUUUAAAUUUGAUUUCCUAUAUUGCACAGUUUUAUAGACCAAAUGUUUAUAAAAAGUGUAUGGGCCUGCUUUAGGGGCGGCUGAGCACGCAUGGCAGUGCGUGGCUCUCUGUAAGACCCCGUCCCCUGGCAGGUGAAGAGAAGCGGUCGGCAGCCACACACCUGUUGAUGGGGUCUGCGUGUCCGAGUUCCACUUGUUGGGAACCUGGACUCGACUGGUUAGAAUAAAAACAAUAAAGAGAUGAUUAAAAAAAAGAUUGGACAGGUUGUGUGUUUAGUCAGACUCAUCACACACUUGACAAAAGCCAGAUUAAAGUUUAUGCAUUUUAACUCUAGGUUCCACAUUUGACCCUACAAGGGCUGAACGAACUGGAGGAACGCCAGUGGCCUGCACAGAGCCCUGACCUAAACCCCACUGCCCUCCACAUUUACAUUUUUGGCAUUUAGCAGACGCUUUUAUCCAAAGCGACUAAUAGUACUGUGACAAUAUACAGUCUAAGCAAUUGAAGGUUAAAGGCCUUGCUUAAGGGCCCAACAGCGGCAACCUGGCUUGAACCUGUGACCUUUCGAUUACUACUCCAGUACCUUGACCACUAGGCUACAACUGCCCUAAUUGAAUGAACAACAACUAAUCUGUUGAAUGAAUGAGUUAAAAUUCCCACAGACACACUUUCAAAUCUUUUGAAAAACCAUCUCAUAAGAGUAGAGACUGUUACAGAAGCAUAGAAGCAAGGAGGCCAGCACUUUAUUAAUGUUUUUUGGUUUUGGAAAAGGAUAUCCAACAAGUUCGUUGUCAGGUGUCCACAUAUUUUUGGUACUGCUACUGGUUGACCGAACGUUAGAACUGCCCUUAGACGAACCGCUGUAGCAAAGUAGAGUCGGAGGAGGGUUUGUGCUCGUCUCCCAGUACGAGAGAAGGUUCUUACAAUGACCGUAGCGUCAGUCCGUCGUGACACAGUGUAGAAGUGAUAGUACGUGUGUUCCAAACCGCAUCAGACCGUGACUUUAUUGUUUCACUACACUGAAAUCAGACAUCACAUGCUGGUUUGAAUCUGUGACUGGUUGUAAAUUGGUACACUGGGGGGCGCUCGUGGCUCGCUCCGACAUGGACCUGCACGAGUAGAGCUUAGCGUGACUCUCCGUAUGCGAUACAGCUCUUGUGUAGGAACCCAACACUGUCAGGUGAAGAGAAGCGGUUUGAAAUGUAUGUUUGAUAUAAUUGUGUUGAAUGAACUUGAAGGUGUUUGCAGCGGUUACAAGGAAUAUUCGGUACGUUUAAAUGUCACUAUGUUCUGUUUUUGUUUACAGUAGCUCUUUGAUCUUUGAUUUGCUAUAUUGCACAGUUUUAUAGACCAAGUGGAGAGAUAAAAAUUUGAUUUUAAAUGUUCAAUCGUAGAAUGAAAUACAUACAAAAAAGUAAACGGUUUGAGUACUGAUUCAUGCCACUGUAGGUUUUUGUUAAUCUAUUCUUUGUUACUGUUGUAGGUACUAUGUCACUCAUUUUGUGCUUUGUGUACAUUCAUGAAGACUCUGGAAUCCAUACUGUGAUCAUACACUACAUGGCCAAAAGUAUUAGUACACUAGACCAUGACAGUGCCUGUCGGACAGUAUUAAAAUAGAGUGACCUUUAUGUGAUCUUUUCAGCUAGAACAACUGCCAAUUCUCUGAGGAGGCUUCCUAAAAGACAUUGUAGUAUGCAUGUGGGAAUCUGUGCCCUUUCAAUCAACUGUUGUUGGCUAAGAAGACCUCAGUAGGUGUUCUGGUUCAUCCCAGAGCUGUUGAGCAAGGCUCUGUGCAGGACACUGAAGUUUUUAAAUUGAGCUUGCUCACGCUGGAACAGGAAAGGGCCUUCCCUAAACUGUUGGUGCAAACCUGGAAGCAUAUAAUUUAGCAAUUGUUGUGGCUGAAACACAUUAAUUUAAUAAUUAAAAGGGUGUCACAAUACUUUUGUCCAUGAGUGUAUGUUUGCGACUGCUAGCUAUUGAUGAUAAUAUCUAAAUAUUAUUUUAGCUUAUCUGCAAAUAAAUGUUCACAAUUUCUUA